GCUCGGACCAAACCUAAAAUCCCUGGAGAUCAGACGGCCUGUUUCAGAUAUCUACUACUAUAUGUUGCUCUGGAUCGAUUAUCAAGCAGAUGAUUGCUGUUCUUUCAGCAAUGACGAUAGUGUAUUAGGGAUUACUUUGCCGAAAACGAGCUAUGCAAUACAAUAAAUACAGAACAAGGAAGGUGCGAAGAGCAGAUCAAAAAGGUACAGUAUACAGAAAUAGUAAUUGCCCGUGGCCGCUGUCCCUUGAUCUUGGUCGUUGUUUCCUUUCUGGGUCCGUUGUCCUUCUGCACUUCGUUUCUUGUUUCAUAACUAAUCCAAUAUUUGUGUUCCUAAAUUACACGGGGCGAUGAUGAUAAGUGUAGGUCAUAAUGUAGUUGACUGUGAUGUGGGUAAGGCGCACACCGCUGAAAGAAAAGGGAUAUACAUUGCAGCAAUAACAACAUGCAAGCUGGAUCACGUAUGAGUUAAAGAAAAGGAAAGUAAAGAAGGGGGCGACGUUAGGUGGGAGGAAUUAAGGAGGAAGGAAACAUUUGGAGCGAGUGAAGGGCUCAUAGAAAAGAAAAAUAUGUGCACUGAUCAGAAAAUAAAAGAAGAGGUUAUGGAUGCAAAUCAAGACUUGGAAGUCAAAUGGUCUACGGCCUUAUCAAGGUUGUAGUCGAAUUUCUC